CAAAAUUAAAGUCAAACUUUACAUUAACAGCCCAUGAACCCCAUGACUUAACUUAAGUAAAAUUAUAUCAUUUGCCUAAUAUUAUGUCUAUAUUUUUACAGAAACACACAAAAAUUAACUCAUCAUCUUCCUCUCUGAAUCUUGACCAUCAGAUCGAAUUUCAGUUUUGUAGUUGGCGGGAAAAUUAAGAAACCAAUUUAUCGAUAUUGAGAAACUAAAAAAAAAGUGUAAAAACGUCUCUUCAUUGAGAGAGAGGCAAGUGGGAGAAGAAGAUGAAGAAACCAAUUCCUAAAAUUAGGGUUUUUGGUCAGCGAUCGAUUGCUUCUUCCUUCCUGAAUCUCAGCUCGAUUCCUGUCGAUAAUACUUCGGAAAAUCCGCCGGAGAAAGUGGAGAAUCGCAGCAAGCUGAACAAAUCAGUGCUGUUUAAGCCAAACAACUUUGAGGAGCGGCUAAGACCAUUUACUUCUUUGGUUAGCUCUAAAGAUCGACUCAUAUCUCUCAUAGAGAGAAAAGCGAGGGAAGAAAAGAAAAACGGAGAUGGUGGUCUAGAAAAGAUGAUGCUUCAGCAGUUCAAGCCAAGAGAGAUUCAGAUUAGUGAAGAAGUGAGUAGAGAUGUAACAGGUGAUGUGAAUCUUGAGCCCGUGGAUCAAACAGCUGCUGAAGAAACGGAUCACAUGGCUCCGUACUCCACAGAAAUCAAUGAAGAUAUCAUUGUGAGGGACGAUAAAACAUCAAAGAAAAGAAAAGAUCCUUUUGAAGGUAUGGAGAGCAUGAGUAGAACGGGAAAGUCCGUUAUGGUCUUUGGAGACAAUUCAAAGGUAUCAAAGCCAAUGCAAAGGGAAAGAGAAAGAAGAAGCAACAACAAUAGUAAGAAGCAGAGACCCAUAUACAACCAUUAUGCAAAUGGUUCAGGAUGGUGGGACUGUGAUAUGGAAGGUGUUGACUCGGAAGAAGUGGGACAUAGAGAAGUGUGGGAAGGAGUUGGCUCGACAACAUUCGGAGAUAUAGUUGAUUGGCACUAACAGGUAACAAACCCGGUCGAUCAAUUAUCUCUCACAUUUGGUCCUUUACUACGGUUUUAAGCCUGGGAAAAUAUUUUCAAAUGGUGUAAGUAGCCUUUAAGGUAACAGAGACCAGCGCGUUUACACAUUUCAAGUGAGGAGGCAUUAUAUAAUUAGAUGCUCAAUUUUAGUAGGAGUAUAGUUAAAUAUUAUGUGGAUUAUUGUUGUUCUAAGAGUCCAAAUCUUUGGAUGCCCACGAAUUUGGAGUUUGUAAUUGACUUUGAGUCUGUCUUUUCUCUUGUACAAUUCAAGUCUUGAAGAAAUCUUGCUAUCAUCUCUCAUCAGUCUCCCGAAUAAUUAUGUUUAAUCUAUAUCCAGUUAGCACCU